AUGUCGACGCAAAAGGGGAAACAGUCCGCCGCUGGAAAGGGCAAGAAGGGCGGCAAGGCCGGCGGCGAGGGUAAAGGCGACGAAGUGCUGCAAGCUGUGAUCCUUACCGACUCCUUCCAAGAUCGCUUCAAGCCUCUAAGUAUCGAGACACCAAGGUGUCUCCUCCCUCUGGCCAAUGUGCCCCUUAUCGAGUACACCCUCGAGUUCCUCUCCAUGAAUGGGGUGCAAGAAGUCUACCUGUACUGCGGCCCUCACACCGAAGAGGUCGAGGCCUACAUCUCCAAGUCGCGAUGGGCUCUCGGCUCCAGGACGUCGCCCUUCCACAUCAUCCAGUUCGUGCGCGUCGCCGACGCCAACUCCGCCGGCGACAUUCUUCGCGACCUAGACAAGCGCAGCAUUAUCUCGGGUGACUUUGUCCUCGUCCACGGCGACCUCGUCUCCAACAUCUCCCUCCAGCCCAUCUUAGAGGCGCAUCGCAAGCGCCGCGAGGCCAACGCGGAUAACAUCAUGACGGUCGUCCUCAAAGCGCCGGCGCUGCCCCCACCGGACGAAAACCCCGGGCAUCACCCCGUCUACGUCGUCGACACGAAGACGAAGCGCUGUCUGCAGUACGACGAGAUCCACCCCCUUCAGUCUGAGCACUAUGCCAUUCUCGACCCCACCGUCCUCGAUGAGCUCUCGGCCGAUUUCGAGGUCCGUGCCGACCUCAUUGACCCCCAGAUCGAUAUCUGUACCCCCGCCGCCUUGGCCUUGUGGUCUGACAGCUUCGACUACGAGAUGCCCCGCCGCGACUUUCUCAACGGUGUGCUCAAGGACUGGGAGCUCAAUGGAAAAUGCAUAUACGCCGAGAUUAUCGAAGAGGGCUAUGCGGCCCGGGCCACUAGCCUUCCCAUGUAUGAGUCCGCUUAUGAGCUUACUCGGGGCGGUAACUACCUCGAGCUGGACGUCACCCUUGCCAACGAUGCUUUGAUCGCUGGUUCCGUCAUCGCGAGGAAGAGCGCCGUCGGCGACGGAUCGACCAUACUCAACACCAUUAUCGGUCGCAACUGCAAGAUUGGCAAAAACGUAAAGAUCACCGACAGUUUCAUUUGGGAUGGGACGACAAUCGGCGACAACACCACCGUCACGAGGUCAAUACUGGCUGGCGCAGGGGCGACCAUCGGAAACAACUGUACCGUCGAGGAGGGUUGCGUGCUUUCCUACGGCGUGGUCACCGGUGACGGCAUCACGAUCGAGAAGAACGCCCUGAUCUCCAAGGUCGACGAUGGCGGAUUGCAAGUCUCUCCCGACACUGCGCUCCUCGGCGCUUCCGCCCAGGGCGCUCGGUUCAUCGACCCCGAGGAGGAUGAGCUAGAUGAGGAAGACCCAUCUGCCCUCCAGCGGCGUCUCAUCUAUUCCAUCGAGCACCUCUCCUUCUCCAACUCCUCCAUCUCCACGCUCGCCUCCGACGACGACGACUCGGACGAUGGCGGCUCUCGACCUGAUACCCCCUCUGGCCUCACCUCUCGCUCGCGCCUUUCCUCCUUUGCCUCCGACGACUCAUCCGGCCGCGCCACCUUCCACGCCGACGCGGUCAACGGCCUCCUCGACGCCCUGCGUGACCCCACCAGCGACUUCGACUCUGCCAAGAUGGAAUUCCUCGGCCUCCGCCUCGCCAACGAUGCUUCCGAGUCUGCCGUCCGCAAGGCCGUCGCCGUUACCCUUGCCCGCCGCAGCGCGGAACUCGUCGAGUCCGGCCUCGAGGCCUCCAAGGCGGCCGAGAGUGCCCUGCGCUCGUGCAAGGGUGUGAGCAAGUUUGUCGAGGAGGUGGGCGUCGGCGAGUCCGACUCGGACCAGCUCGAGUUUGCCGUCGCCCUUCAGCGCGCCGUUGCCGGUAUCAGGAGCCUAGAACCCGGCAAGGGAGGUCUCCUCCUCGCCGCCAUGCUCCAGCAGCUCUACGCGCUCGACAUUCUCGAAGAGGACGGUAUCCUCGCAUGGUGGGCUGACGAGAGAGCUAUCAGCGGCAGCAACAUGGAAAUCAUCAAGGAGAAGUGCAGGGCGCUGGUGGAGUGGCUAGAGAACGCAGAGGAAGAAGACGAUAGUGACGAUGACGACGAGGACGACGAUGAUGACGAGUAA